UAGGCAGACACCAUGAGACGAGUGGUAUGGCAGAGCAAGUUCAGGCACGUGUUUGGCCAGGCUGUGAAAAAUGACCAGUGCUAUGAUGACAUCCGGGUUUCCCCGCGUCACCUGGAAUAGCUCCUUUUGUGCGGUCAACCCCCGAUUUGUCGCCAUCAUUGUAGAAGCAAGCGGGGGCGGGGCAUUCCUUGUGCUGCCCUUACACAAGACUGGUAGAAUUGACAAAUCCUACCCAACCAUAUGUGGCCACACAGGACCCGUGCUCGACAUCAACUGGUGUCCCCACAGUGACCAGGUCAUCGCCAGUGGUUCCAGGGAUUGCACAGUGAUGGUAUGGCAGAUCCCCGAAAAUGGACUCACUCUUUCCCUGACUGAACCCAUGGUGAUUUUGGAAGGCCAUUCCAAGAGAGUUGGCAUAGUGGCAUGGCAUCCAACUGCAUGCAACGUUCUGCUCAGUGCAGGUUGUGACAAUGCCGUCAUCAUCUGGAACGUGGGGACGGGGGAAGCCCUCAUAAACCUGGAUGACAUGCACUCAGACACGAUCUAUAACGUGAGCUGGAACAGAAACGGCAGUCUGAUUUGUAUGGCGUCCAAAGACAAAAAAGUGAGAGUGACUGACCCCAGGAAGCAAGAGAUCAUAGCCGAGAAAGAAAAGGCACACGAAGGAGCUCGGCCCAUGAGAGCCAUCUUUGUGGCAGACGGCAAUGUCUUUACCACUGGCUUCAGCCGCAUGAGUAAGCGGCAGCUCGCCCUCUGGAAUCCGAAAAAUAUGCAAGAACCCAUCGCCCUUCAUGGAAUGGACACCAGCAAUGGCAUAUUACUGCCCUUCUAUGACCCUGACACCAGCAUCAUCUACUUGUGUGGGAAGGGUGACAGCAGCUUCCGUUAUUUUGAGAUCACGGAUGAAUCCCCCUAUGUCCACUACCUCAACACAUUCAGCAGCAAAGAACCCCAGCGGGGGAUGGGCUACAUGCCCAAGAGAGGGCUGGACAUCGACAAAUGUGAGAUUGCCAGAUUCUUCAAACUCCAUGAGAGGACGUGUAAGCCCAUUAUCAUGACUGUUCCAAGGGAGUCGGACUUUUUCCAGGAUGACCUGUAUCCAGACACAGCAGGACCCGAAGCCUCUCUGGAGGCAGAGGAAUGGUUUGAGGGCAGGAAUGCUGACCUGUUCCUCAUUUCCCUGAAACACGGCUAUGUUCCUGGCAAGAACCAUGACCUCAAGGUGAAGAACCUGCUGGACAACGAGCCCUCGGUCAACAAGAAAGGCGGCCUGAUGGGCCCCACCAAGGGAGUGGCCGACGGUAUGGGCACCGUGUAA